AACCUUUGUCAUCGUGUGUAGCUUUUUGUUUACUUUUUUUUAGAUUCUCUUAAAUCACUUUCAUCCGGGGCCUUCCUAAGUUGCACCUCCCUUAUAGUUUCCAUGGUAUCAGACACAGCGUCCUGCUGUGGGCGACUUGUCCCCGCCCCGUGACGUUUGUGUUACCGUGACAACGCGUAGGCAGCGUCGGGUGACAAUGUGCGUGCUGUGCAAGAUGGAAAGGAAGAUGGAGGAAAACGUCAGAGACCCAGAUACUGGGAGUGAGGCUGGAGGUGAGGACUCUUUAGUGGGCAAUGUGAGCAAGCUGCAGGUCACCCCACCUGGCUACACCGGCCUGCCCAGAAAGGGACACCUCGUCUUUGAUGCCUGCUUUGAGAGCGGUAACCUGGGACGGGUGGAUUACAUCAGCGAGUUUGAGUUUGACCUUUUCAUCCGGCCAGACACCUGCAAUCCACGAUUCCGAGUCUGGUUCAACUUCUCUGUGGAAAACGUACGGGAGUCCCAGAGGGUUAUAUUUAACAUUGUGAACUUCAGCAAGACCAAGAGCCUCUACAGAGAUGGGAUGUCUCCAGUGGUGAAAUCAACCAGUCGACCAAAAUGGCAAAGGCUUCCAGCAAAAAACGUGUACUACUACCGGUGUCCAGACCACCGGAAGAACUACGUCAUGUCCUUUGCCUUCUGCUUCGACAAGGAAGAUGACGUGUACCAGUUUGCGUACUGCUACCCGUACACCUACUCACGUCUCCAGCACUAUCUGGACAGCCUGGAGAAGAGGAACCUGGACUAUUUCCAGAGGGAGCUGCUGGGACUCAGUGUGCAACAGCGACGGCUUGACCUCCUGACUGUAACGAGUCGAGCUAACCUGAGGCCUGGGGCUGAUAAGAAGGUGGUGUUCCUCACAGCUCGUGUCCACCCAGGGGAGUCUCCAGCUUCUUUUGUCUGCCAAGGUGUGAUUGACUUCCUGGUGAGCCAGAAUCCAGUGGCCAGGGUCCUGAGGGACCACGUGGUGUUCAAGAUUGUGCCCAUGCUAAACCCGGAUGGGGUCUAUCUGGGGAACUAUCGGUGUUCUCUGAUGGGCUUUGACCUGAACCGUCACUGGCAGGACCCCUCCCCCUGGGCCCACCCCACCCUGCACGCUGUCAAGCAGCUCAUCGUUGGGAUGAAUGACGACCCUAGGGUGAGCCUGGAGUUCUACAUCGACGUGCACGCACACUCCACCAUGAUGAACGGCUUCAUGUACGGCAAUGUCUUCGAGGAGGAGGAACGAGUCCACAGACAGGCCGUCUUCCCCAGACUGGUCUGCCACAACGCUCCCGACUUCUCCUUCUCUAACACUUCCUUUAACCGCGAUGUGGUGAAGGCGGGAACUGGGCGUCGCUUCCUGGGCGGUCUCCUUGACGACACAUCCUACUGCUACACACUGGAGGUGUCCUUCUACAGUUACAUGGCAGGGGUCAGCAGUGUGCCUGUCCCCUAUACUGAGGAGACCUACAUGAAGCUGGGCAGGAACGUAAGCCGCACCUUCCUGGAUUACUACAGACUCAACAACCUGAUCGCGGACAACAGCUUGACUCACAUUGGCAGAGACGUGUUGUCCUACGGAAGGCUUGCGAAUGGCCAGCGAGGUCUCCAGGAUGGCAGAAAGUCUGAAAAAAGAGGGUCUGGAAACCAAGGGGACCGUUAGCCACAGACCUUCCAGCAGCCAGUCACCACUUUAAAACAAGACCAGCCAAAUUGAACAAGGAGAGACCCACUGCAAAAACAUCUAAGACAUUAAUACACGUUUGGAUUUAAGUUGGCAUCCUGCACUCAAGCUGCACAGAGCGGAUCGAGAUUAUUGCACCAAAUACUGAAAUCAGUUUGUAAGGAAAUAUUUGUACUUCGAGGUCUAUCCUGAAAGCAACAAGGAGCAACUGGGAGUUCUUACUGAAUUACAGGAAGUAAAAGUACUGAUUGGGAUUAGUCAGUCACAGAAUCCAAUGGCUUGUUUUCCUCUCUGAAAGUCACUUUGAAUAUGGACAUGGUAUUGAUAACAUGUUUUAUAUACAAACCAAAAGUAUCGUGUGACUUGUAGCCGUUGACACCUUUGUUGUUGUUCUUGAAAUGUUUUAAAUAAUAUAAUUUAUUAUAUGUUAUCAGUGAUCGGCAAUGGCAUUUUGAUCAGUUAUUUUUCUCUCUGAUAUCAUCUGACACAAAUCGAAAAAAACGAACCAUACAAUAAUAAACCCAAGAACUGUCAAGAAAUCUAAAAUCUUAUACCUUCCCCCUGUUACAGACCAAUCCUUCAGGAGACGCAAUUGAGCAGCCAAACGAUUCUCUGAGCAUGCCUUUGUUACGCAGUUGACUAUCCUCUCAAGUUUGAUGUUUUAAUGAUUUAUUAAAAAUAAAGUCUUUGAAA